CAGGUGGUGUGAAGCGUCAGUGUGAGUGUGAGUGUGUGUGUCCUGUACGGAGCAGUAGCCGGCGUCUCCAUCUCAGUAGCCAGUGUGAGUGUGUGUGUCCUGUACGGAGCAUCUCAGUAGCCAGUGAGGCCCAGCAGUGUGAGUGUGUGUGUGUCCUGUACGGAGCAUCUCAGUAGCCAGUGAGGCCCAGCAGUGGAUUUGGUCCCCAGCAGCAGCAGCAGCAGCAGCAGCAUGACGCUGGAGAAGCUCGACCCCGUGGAGGUGUUCGACGCCGGCUCUAAGGGCCGCGGCCUGCGCAGCACCAAGGCCAUGGUGGCCGGGGACGUGGUCUUCACCGAGGCCAGCUACGCCGCCGUGGUCUUCGACAGUCUGUCUCUGCAGGUAUGCCACAACUGCUUCCGUCGGCAGGCCAGCCCCCACCGCUGUGCCCAGUGCAAGUUUGCCCACUACUGCGACCGCACGUGCCAGCGGGCAGCCUGGGACGAACACAAGAGGGAGUGCAACGCCAUCAAGACAGCGGGCAAGGCCCCUAAAGAGAACAUCCGCCUGGUGGCUCGUGCCAUGUGGCGCAUGCAGAAAUACGGGGGUCGCGUGACGGACAGCCAGCUGACCACGCUGGACCUGCUGCAGGAUCACGUGUCGGACAUGGUGGACGAGGACGUGAAGGAGCUGCAAGACGAUGUCAAGAAAUUCCUGGAGUACUGGCCUAAGGCCAACCGGACCGUCGGUACAGAAUACAUCUCCCACCUUUUAGGAGUGAUUAAAGUGAACGGCUUCACCCUGAGUGACCAGAGGGGGCUCCAGGCGGUCGGUGUGGGUCUGUUCCCCAACCUGUGUCUGGUCAACCACGACUGCUGGCCCAACUGCACCGUCAACCUCAACCACGGCAAUCAGUCAGCUUUGGACUCCGCGUUACACUCCCAGAGAAGAAUCGAGCUGCGUGUGCUGGGCCCGAUCAAGGAAGGGGAGGAGCUAACCGUGUCCUACGUGGACUUCCUGAACCUGGCCCAGGACCGCCAGAAGCUGCUCAAGAAGCAGUACUACUUCGACUGCCAGUGCGAACACUGCGCCAAGGGCAUCAAAGACGACCUCAUGCAGGCCACCGGGCAUGGGGAGAAGAAGCCCACUGCAGAACAGGUCAAGGAGGUGACAGACUUCACCAUUAAGGCUCUGGGCAAGAUCGAGGACGCACGCGUCAUUGGGGACUUUGAGGAGGUGGUGAAGUUGUGCGAGGAGUGCCGCCACAAACAGGAAGGAGUUCUGGCCGACACUCACCUGCUGCACCUGCGAGUCCUGAGCACGGCCAGUGAGGUGCUCUCCUUCAUGCAGGACUUCCAGCAGGCCGCCGCCUGUGCCAGCAGCAUGGUGCACGGAUACCAGAAGCUGUACUAUCCCAACAACGCCAAGCUGGGCAUGGCCAUCAUGCGGGCCGGGGUGACCAACUGGCACGCGGGGCACAUCGAGGAGGGCCACGCCAUGAUCUGCCAGGCCUUCGCCAUCCUCAUGAUCACCCACGGGCCUCAGCACCCCAUCACUAAAGACCUGGAGACGAUGCGCUCCCAGACGGAGAUGGAGCUGAAGAUGUUCCGGCAGAACGAGAAGGCGUACCAGAGCGUGAGGAAGGCAGCGCUGCACGGACAGCCACUCACCGAGCCCGUCAAGGAGCAGGUCCACGAGCUCAUGCAGGCGGCCCAAUAAAUACGCACACACACACACACACACACACACACACACACACACACACACACACACACACACACAAACAAGGAGCUCAUGCAGGCAGCCCAAUAAAUAGGCACUCACGCAUAAAAACACACACACACACACACACACACACACACACACACACACAGAGUACACACACACAGAGUACACAUUCAUAUUCACACAGACACACAUACAUGCAAACACACACACACACACACACACAUAACGGGACUGGUACGACAAACAAACAAAUGACCUUAAAUGGACUAAUAAAAUGCUGUGAGUUACCAUGA